AUGAGAGACAGGUUAAUCAGGGACGGGCGGGCGCUGCACCAGAACCGAGACUCGGAGGGAGAUCGUUUGCUCAGCUCGUCUCAAGUCCGUCAAGACUUUCGGGAGCUGAGCACCCCGGAACGUUUGCCGGGAAAGAAAAGUUUCUCUAUUGUUAGCGAUUUCAGCGUGGUGUGUCCGACCCCGCGUUCCUCCGCCGCUUUCGUUUUUGUUUGCGUUCUGGUUUUGUCUUCUUAG